AACUGAGAAAGUUCAUAGAGCCGAGGUGCAGGAUGUCCCGUUGAGGAGAAAAAAGCCCUGCAGAGGAGCAGAAGCAACACAAGCUGAAGGGGGAAAGGAGUGCAACUCAGAGCGAACGGCCUUUACCAAAGCUUGUUUUUUUGUGAAAAUGGGCUCUUCGAUGAUAUUCAGCUGUCGUCGGAUUGUUCUCAAAGUGUUUUUGUUUCAGUUCAUGGCUUUUCAAUCAACAUAUGCUGCCCCUUCGCCUAUUAUCAGGUUUCCAGGAGACGAUACUCCCAGAACAGACAAAGAAGUUGCUCUGCACUAUCUGAAUAAGUUUUAUGGAUGCCCACAAGACAGAUGUAACCUCAUGGUGCUCAAGGACACCCUGAAGAAAAUGCAAAAGUUCUUCUCUCUGCAAGAAACUGGAGAGAUUGACCCCAAAACUGUGGAUAUCAUGAAAAAGCCCCGCUGUGGCGUCCCAGAUGUGGCCAAUUACCAAUUCUUCCACAGGAAACCCAUGUGGCAGAAAAAAGACAUUACUUACAGAAUCCUUGGAUACAGCCCCGACCUGGACGAGGGAGUCAUUAAUGAUGCUUUCUUCAGAGCCUUCAAAGUGUGGAGCGACGUCACCCCACUCACAUUCGAACGCUUAAUGGACGGAGAGGCUGACAUCAUGAUUAAUUUUGGCCGCAAUGAGCAUGGAGACGGUUACCCUUUCGACGGCAAAGACGGCCUCUUGGCUCAUGCCUUUGCUCCGGGACCAGGAAUUGGCGGAGACUCUCACUUUGAUGAUGAUGAGCAGUGGUCGCUGGGAGAUGGCCAAGUGGUGAAGGUGAAGUUCGGCAAUGCUGAUGGGGAGUUCUGUAAAUUCCCCUUCAUGUUCAUGGGCACUGAAUACAAAACCUGCACAGCUCAGGGUCGAGACGACGGCUUCCUGUGGUGCUCCACCACUUACAACUUUGAAGAAGAUGGCAAAUAUGGCUUCUGCCCUCAUGAACUACUAUUCACCAUUGCUGGAAACGCAGAGGGCGCUGCAUGUAAAUUCCCCUUCAUCUUUCAGGGAGAAAAGUAUGAUUCAUGCACGACUGAAGGCAGGGAUGAUGGUUACCGCUGGUGUGCCACCACUGACAACUUUGAUGUGGACACGUCCUUCGGGUUCUGCCCUGAGACUGCCAUGUCCACUGUUGGAGGAAAUUCAGAGGGAAGCCCCUGCAUCUUCCCUUUCACUUUCUUGGGUGACACCUAUGAGGCCUGUACCUCAUCUGGGCGCAGUGAUGGCAAGAUGUGGUGCUCCUCCACCAAGAGCUACGAUGAUGACCGCAAAUGGGGUUUCUGUCCUGACCAAGGCUACAGUUUGUUCCUGGUGGCCGCUCAUGAGUUUGGUCAUGCCCUUGGCUUGGAGCACUCUCAGGACCCCGGAGCAUUGAUGGCCCCCGUCUACACUUACACUAAAGACUUCAGACUUUCUAAUGAUGACAUCAACGGCAUCCAGGAGCUUUACGGUGCGUCGACAGACAAGCCUUUGUCUCCCACCCAGGGUCCAGUCACUCCAAUGGACAUCUGUAAAGAGCCAGUUGUCUUUGAUGCUGUAGCACAAAUCAGAGGAGAGACCUUCUUCUUCAAGGACAGGUUCCUGUUCAGGUCAGUAAACUUCAGAAGCAAACCCACCGGCCCGAUGCUCGUGGCCACCUACUGGUCGGACCUGCCUAUCAAGAUAGACGCUGCAUAUGAAAACCCAGUGGAGGAAAACACAGUGUUCUUCGCAGGUAAUGAGGUGUGGGUCUACAAAGCAGACGCGCUGCAGUCAGGCUAUCCCAAGAGGCUCUCCAGCUUCGGACUUCCCACUGACCUGGAGAAAAUUGACUCUGUCUUCAACUUCAGGAAGAACAGGAAGACUUACAUGUUUGCUGGGGACCAAUUCUGGAGAUACAAUGAAGAUACAAAGACAAUGGACGCUGGCUUCCCAAAACUUAUUGCUGAUUCUUGGAAUGGUCUCCCAGAUGACAUCGACUCUUCCUUCAGUCUUAAUGGCAUUGAUUACAGCUACUUCUUCAAAGGCAACCACUAUUUCAAACUGGAAGACAGCAGCUUGAAGAUCGUCAAGUUGGGUGAAAUCACAAAGGACUGGCUCGGCUGUUGAGCAUUUUCCAAAGAGUCUCACAACUAGUUAAAUCAUGUAAUGACAUCUGGCCUCAUAAGGACAUUGCCAUAAUAACGCACACAACUUGAGGUGGCCGCAGUGCACACGUUUUUAUUCUGGCAACUCUGCACGCUUCUGUGGGAGACAUGCCCCUUCCAGCCUGUAUAACCAGCCUCCUGCUUUGUAGACAGGCACCUCGGGACCUUCUGCACAGGCAACAUAUGCAACUGGAUAUAAUACUGUUUGAUGUUGACAUUUUGUUUUAUAUGCUGAUGCAGAUUUAUUACAAUAUGUACUCCCCAUUUGAUUGUUUUAUAGCUUUUGUAUUUGUUUUUUAAAAACUCCGACAUCAGGUAUGUCAACACUGCCUUGAACGCAGUGCUAUACUGUGCUGUGAGAUAUUGCCGUUGUUAUGCAAAUGUAAUUCUGGAACGCUGUUUGACCCCAUAUGAAGAAUUGAUGUUGGCUUUGAAUCACUUUUACUAUGUCCAGUUUACUAAGUGCAGUUUUAUAAAUGUAUGACUUUUAUUUGAUUUUCUCAUUGUUGUUUAAUACAUUUGAAAAAAAAUGAAUUUGCACAAUGUGUUUGACCGAAGAUGGUGCUUUAGAGAUAGUUUUUUGCAUAUAGUCCUAUAUAUAUACAUUUUAUAUUCUCUGUGCUUAUGUCUGACUACUUAGCAUUCUCUGGAUGUCAGAAAGUCGUAUUCACAGGCACACAUUAUUCUCCAUUUGGUUAGCACUUUGUAUAGGACUGUAAAGGGACUGCUCAACCGCAUUUCCCUACACUAAUGGUACAGGGAGAUUAAGGGCACAGGAUGCCCGUAGAGUCUGUAUUAGUUCGCUGCAUGAUGGAAUCAUGACAAGUACUGAGUAGUAUUGUUUAAUAAUCUCUUUGGUAACACUUUAUUUUGAUAGUCCAUAGUUAACACUCUACAAGUCAUCAGUUGACAUUCAACAACACUGUUUCAACAGACAAGUAACAUGCAUUUAACUAACUGCCAGUAGAAUAUAAGGUACAUCUCAAGUGUUGAUCAGAUUUUACAAAAAGUGUGUGUUGACUGUCAACAGGUUUUUUGCAACAGGUUAUUAACCGAUAUUCAACCUUACUAUCUGUAGAUUGUGAGUUCUUGUGAAAAACCUUUUUUUCUCAAGUGAAUGCAUUAGGCUUCUGUAUUUAUCUUAUAUAUUAGUCAAAUAAAACAGGAACAGGUGUUUAUAACUCAAACAUUACAUACAUAAUGAAUACAUAAAGUUUGUGAUCAGUUGUGCCAAACAUCUCGCUGUAUUCCCAUGUCUGUUGCAUAUCAUUAGUGGAUGAAUGUGUUCUGUUGAUAGGUUAUAGACUUUCUACUGUUCUCAACUGUUUUUCACUUUAAUUGGAUAGUCCUAACACAUGCCUACAAACGCUUAGUGGAGAAUGCCUACUAAAAGUAUACUGAUAGUCAACUCUAGAUUAGUUGACGAUCAACAGAUAGUCAACUAAACUCUAAAGUUGCUUAUCUGUUGAUCACCAACUAAUGCUUAAUGUAAUCUUUAGUUGACAUCUUGACUCAACAGAUUAUCAACAGAUAGUCAACAUGACCCUGUUGACUUUCAACUGACAGAUUGAUUUUGAGUAGUUGAUUGUCCAUUUUGAAGAUGUUGACACAAUAUACAGAUAGUAAGGUUGAAUAUUGGUUAAUACGCUGUUGACAUGCUACUAAAUGUCAACUGAUGAGAGUGUUAAAUAUGGACUAUCAAAAUAAAGUGUUACCAUCUAUUUUUUUAUAUUCUGUUUUUCUCUUGGGUUUUAAAAAUACCGUUGUGUUUUGUGUUGUUGUUAUGCUUGUGCACUUUGUUACUGUCAUCAAUAAAGAUGGUCAAUAUAAUGUGGAUCAGUGAUAAACAAAGGAACAACAUCCUA